AUGGCCAAACCCAAACCCCAAAACAAAAAGUCCGACUCCAAACCUCACUCCCACCCACCCCCCACUCCACCUCCCAACUGGCCACCCCUCCGCCCUCUCCUCCCCGCAACGGAUCUACACCUCACCCCCCUCGUCCACGACCAAAUCUACCUAGUUCGCAACUUCCUCCCCGCAACCCUCUGCAAAUCUUACGCCUCUUUCCUAUCAUCGCUACCGCUCACGACUACACCAGGCCGGCCGAAAAAGGACGAGGCAGUGCGCGUGAAUGACCGUUUCCAGAUCGAAGAUGCGCGGUUCGCGGAGAAUUUGUGGAGUGGGACGGCGUUGAGAGAGUUGAUCUUGGAGAGGUUUGACGAGGACGACUAUAGCUAUGAAGACGAGGAUGGUACACGAGAACAAGACGAGGAAGCCAAAGCACACAAGUUGCACGAGACUUGGGGUGGACAACCACUAGGUCUGAACCCGAAUAUUCGUAUCUACCGCUACUCGAAGGGCCAAUUCUUCGCUCAGCAUUACGACGAGUCCAACGCGCUAACCUUCCACCCCGCCUCAUCACCACGCUCCGUCCCCGCCCGCACAACCUGGACCCUCCUAAUCUACCUGACAACCUGCACCGGCGGCGAAACGGUCUUCUAUCCGGACGCCACGCGCCAGAACCCUAAUCCGGCACCUAUCGCGGUGGCUCCCGAGGUGGGCAUGGCGCUGUUGCAUAGACAUGGGGAUCGGUGUAUGGUACAUGAGGGGAGGGAGGUUACUAAUGGGGAGAAAUGGGUUGUGAGGAGUGAUUUGGUUGUUGCGAGGUAG